GGAAAGAUUUGGGAUUGAUAAAAUAAUAGGAUUAGUUUGAGUUAGGUGCACUUCAAGGCAGCAUUAUAGCAGCUUAAAAGCUUAUGUUUCCCGGGUCUUAUAGGGACUGGCCAUUUUAAUCUUGGCUACGUAAUUUCUUGCAAAACAAAACCUAAACCCCAAUAAUAAUAAACUGUAGGGCGUGACGGCUCAGACACUGGAGCAUCAAGAAGAAAACAACACGGACUGCUGCUCGUCAAACGUAAGAGAAUUGCUGCAACUUUGGGUUUUGGCACCUCUACACACCUACUGCUAAAUCACUUGUGUGAUGGAGGGAGAAACAGAAGGGAGUGAAGAAGAACUUGGCACUGGCCAAGUUAAUGAAACUGGAGUGUCAGGAGGGGAAAGUUCAAAACUGACACCAAGAAUCGAUGACAAACAUGAAAACAACAGAGGAGAGGAGGAGGACGAGGCCACAGUCUCUGAUGAGGGAGAAGCACAUGGGGCAUCUGCGGUAGGACUGGUCCAGAGGGGCAGAAGAGGAGGAGAUAGAGGCAGGGGGUGGAGGAGUAGGGAAGACAGUAGAGACAGUUGGAGAGGAGAGUGGAGUGGGAAGGAGUGGAGAGUGAGAGGAGUGAACGAUGAUUAUGAGAGAAGAGGAGGUUUCAGAGGGUUUAGUGCAAACAGGAGGGGGAGCAGACGAGCCUCUAGACGUCCUCAACAAGACAGAAGUAGAAAUCUAGUCAAGAUCUUAAAUUUUGGCCAAAAGGAAACUGCUAAAGAAAGUACUCUAGACUAUAAAAAGCUUGAAGAACUUUCUACAAAAGAGCCAUCACAAGUGGCUGUCAGCGUCUCCUCCCACCCGGGUCUGAAACCUCUGCUGAGUGAGUCUUCAAUGAGGAAGGAGCUGGUGGAGCUACUGUGUCAGGUGCUGAGUAAAGCCUUCAAAUCCCGAGCAGACAGGGGCACCCUGCAGCACCUGGCUGGGAGCAUCAAAGACUCAGGUUUUCUGCGCAUUGUCCUGCCACAGUACCUGGCGGGUGUAAGCUCCGAAUCCGACAGUGCCCGCAGAGAGAAAUAUCCACAGCACCUUGGGAACAUCCUGGCCAUCCUCACACAGGUGCUUAUCAUCUUCCCUGCCAGCACAGUCGAACCUGUGAAUUUGCUCUUGGUGCUGCUGUCCCCAUCCAUCUGCAGCCUGAGGACUUCAGGAGUGGACAUCCCAGCUCAGAUAGAGGAGAAUAUGAAACAUGUUCAACACCUGGUCAGACAUCUCCAAACCAGGUCCAGAGAGGCCACCCUGCGCCCACACAAGGGCACUUAUGCUCUACUGCACACUGAUGACGAAGACCAGCAGGACUUCAGGACUAUUCCCAUCUACCCAACCCCAGAGGAGCUUCGAGACGAGGGCAGACCCUAUCUCAGACCCAACCUCACCUCCCAGUGCUACCCGAACACUCACCUGUAUCUGGACACACACUUUCGGCUGCUCAGGGAGGACUUUGUGAGGCCGCUCAGAGAAGGGAUCCAGGAGCUGCUCUUGAGCCAAACGGACAACCCUGGGAAUCAAGAAAAAGGAAAGCGACUGGACGACAUCAGAAUAUAUCGAGAUACAAAAGUGAUAGCCCCUAAGUGCACUAUCAAUGGCCUGGCAUAUGUCGUCCAGUUUAAUGUGGAGCCACUGAAGUUUGUACGCUGGGAGAAUUCCAAGAGGCUGAUCUUUGGUUCAUUGGUCUGUUUGUCAUCUGAUAACUUUGAGAGCUUCCUCUUUGCAACUGUGUCAGAUCGAGAGCCAAAAGAUCUCCAAGAAGGAAGAGUUCAGAUCACUUUUACAGAAGAAAGCAGACAUAGGCUGGUCAGGAUUCAGCAAAACCAAGUGUUCUUGAUGGUAGAGACCACUGCCUACUUUGAAGCUUAUCGCUAUGUCCUGGAGGGCCUCCAAGAGCAGGAGGAGGGCGAGCUGCCCUUUAAAAAGUAUCUUGUAGACUGCAGCCCAGAUGUGGACCCUCCAGCUUAUCUGCUCAUAGAUGACACUUAUGACCUGUCGUCUGUGGCCCACCCAGACUUCAAGACCAAAGUUAGACCAUUUCAUUGCCUGGAUGCAGAGGCCUGGCCCACAAUGGAGGAGCUGGGGCUGGACGAGUCUCAGUUCAGAGCCUUUCAGUUGGCCCUCACUAAAGAGCUAGCCAUUAUACAGGGGCCCCCAGGGACGGGAAAAACCUAUGUUGGACUGAAAAUCGCUAAGGCUCUAUUGACAAAUAAAAAUCUUUGGAAAACUGCAGCUGAUAAAGCUCCCAUUCUGGUUGUGUGUUAUACUAACCAUGCUUUGGAUCAGUUUUUAGAAGGUAUCCAUAAAUUUCUCCCUGAUGGAAUAGUGAGAGUGGGGAGUCGUAGCAGCAGUGAGAUCCUGAAGCGCUUCAAUCUGAGAGAACUGUCCCUCAGAUAUGACUUCAGAGAAAAUGACCUGAUAGUUGCACACAGCACUAUUUCCAGAGAUGUUCAGGAAGCCGAGAGUGACCUGGAGGACAUGACCCAGAUCCUGGAGUGCACUUUUAAAAAGUUGCUGCGUGCCAGUGUCCUGCAGCGUUUUAUGUCUGAGCAGCACUGGGAAUGUCUCCAGGCUAAAAAGGAGGUUUUUGAACAUACUGGGAAGAAAUCAAGUGUGAUGAAUGAGUGGCUGGGCUUAGAGGGUCUGUUACAGACUGACGGCACAUCAAACCAACAAGGUAACAGCAAAGACAUUUCAGCGGUGAAGCAGCCAGAAGAAAGCCUCAUUCACGUAGACGAGCAGGCAGUUCUGCUGGAAGCUGAACGAACUCUCGAUGAUGAGAUUUAUGCCAGAGGAGAAAGAGGUUAUCAGAGGAGAGAAAAAAUCCAAGAGGAAUUCAGGACAGAGGCAAUAAAAGUUCUGGCCAUGUUUUUGGAUGAGCCCAAAGUAGAUGAAGAACCUGAAGGAAAUCAGGAGAACAUAGAGAGAUGGGAGUAUCAGCGUGAACAGAAGAAAAGGUUAAAGAAUAGAAUAAAACAAGAGCUCAGGAAGUCUUCAACCAUGACCAAAGAAGAGGAGCACCACAUCACCGAUAUCUGGAGUCUGAGUGUACCCAACAGGUGGAGACUUUAUCGACUGUGGACGGACCGCUACAGAGCUGAACUACGUACCAAAGCCUUUCAUUUAGAAGAAAUAUACCAAAAUGCUGUUGAGAGACUUGCUGAGGUCAAAAGACAACAAAAUCUUUGUCUUCUCAGGGAAGCCACGGUGAUCGGCAUGACAACGACAGGUGCUGCCAAGUUCCGUCACAUGCUGCAGCAGGUGCGCCCGUCUCUGGUGAUCGUGGAGGAGGCAGCAGAGGUUCUGGAGGCUCACACCAUCACCACUUUGAGCAGCGCCUGUCAACACCUCAUCCUCAUAGGAGAUCAUCAGCAGCUACGUCCAAGUGCAACUGUGUAUGAACUUGCAAAGAACUUCAACUUGGAGAUGUCAUUGUUUGAGAGACUACUGAAAAUGGAACUUCCAUACGUCAGACUUAAUUAUCAGCAUCGCAUGAGGCCUGACAUUGCCCGUCUCCUGACCCCACACAUCUAUUCAGAGCUGGAGAAUCAUCCCUCAGUGUUACAGUAUGAAAACAUCAAGGGUCUGAACACUAACUUGUACUUUGUGGAACACACACACCUUGAGGAGGAGAUCCAAGAUGGAAGAAGUCAUGAGAACACUCACGAAGCCCAGUUUGUUGUUGCUCUGUGUCGGUACCUCCUUCUUCAGGAGUACAAACCAGAGCAGAUUACCAUCCUCACCACUUACACAGGCCAGCUGUUCUGUCUGCGCAAACUCAUGCCUGCUAGUCAGUUCUCAGGGGUCAAAGUGCACGUGGUAGACAAAUAUCAAGGAGAAGAAAAUGACAUUGUGUUGUUGUCUUUGGUCCGGAGCAACGUGGACCGCAGGGUGGGCUUGAGCAUUCCCAAUCGAGUGUGUGUGGCUCUGUCACGUGCAAAGAAAGGCCUCUACUGCAUUGGGAACAGUGAGAUGCUCGGCCAAGUAAAAUUGUGGAGCAAAAUCUUCCACACUUUGAGGGAGAAGGACCAGAUUGGCACAGCUCUGACCCUCUGCUGUCAGAAUCACCCCUCUCGACAGGUCAAAGCUUCUGGUGCCACUGACUUUGAACAGGCCCCUGAAGGAGGCUGCACCCAGCCCUGUGAGUACCGCUUGGACUGUGGCCAUGUGUGUGCUAAAGUCUGUCAUCCCUAUGACCAAGAGCACAAGGAGUACCAGUGUUUGAAGAAAUGCCAGAAGAUUAUUUGUAAUUUAGGACAUGGUUGUCCACUGUUGUGCUAUGAAACUUGUAAGAAAUGUAAAGUGCUGCUUGAGAAGACCAUUCCUAAAUGCCAGCACAAACAGAUGGUUCCUUGCCACAAGGAUCCACACAGCUUUGUGUGCCAAGAGCCAUGUCAGAAAACACUUGGGUGUGGACAUCCAUGUGAUAAAGUCUGUGGGGAACCCUGCACCUACGAGUGUAAAGUUUUAAUCAAUUUUGAUUUGAAGUGUGGCCACAGCAAAGAAGAUUUCUGUUAUUACAAGAAAUAUGACAAUAAGCCAGUUUGCAGAGAGCCAUGCAAGCAGCAGUUGAAAUGUGGUCAUGCCUGCCCUGGUGACUGCAGCCUUUGCCACCAGGGGCGCUACCACUGCGGCUGUUCCCAGAAGUGUGAGCGCCUCCUGGUCUGCUCUCACAAGUGCCAGGCUCCUUGCACAAACUGCCCUCCUUGUUCUCGUCCAUGUGAGAAUCGCUGUAUCCACAGUCACUGCCCCAGCCGAUGUGGUCAGCCCUGCCAACCCUGUGUGGAGCCCUGUGCCUGGCAGUGCCCACACCAAACCUGCACCAAGCUCUGCCACGAGCCCUGUGACCGCCCUCCAUGUAAUGAACCAUGUGAUGAGACCCUGGCCUGCGGGCACCCAUGCAUCGGCCUGUGUGGAGAGAAAUGUCCAGACAAGUGUCGUGUGUGUCAUCGUGAAGAGGUCACCGAGAUCUUCUUUGGCUUUGAGGAAGACCCAGAGUCUUGCUUUAUUCAGCUACAAGACUGCGGACACGUCAUUGAACGCAGAGCAAUGGACCAAUACAUGGAGAUGGAUGAGAGACAGCAAGACAACCAGGAAGAAGUGGCAAUCAAACUCAAAGAGUGUCCCAAGUGUCGCACACCAAUACGCAAGAACCUCCGUUACGGCUCUCACAUAAACCGCUGUCUGGCUGAGAUAGAGCUGGUGAAGCAGAAGAUUGCAGGAAAUCCAGAAGACAUUAAAUUACAAAUUUUGGCCUUAAAGAAACAAUGCACUGAAAUCAAACACAUGGCAGGAGUGACAAGUGAGAUAGCAGCCUUAUUGGAGAAAUUAACAUACGUUAACCACUUAUCAGUAUUUCAUCUGUGGAUUAUUGAAAACCAAAUGGACUUUUACAGAAGAGUGGCCAAUCUUCUAGCAAUGACAAAUAAACACAGUUUACUAAUGUACUAUUCAUUUCGAAGUGAGUGUAGCAAGUUUCUGGAUUGGCUCAACGGUCCGAAGCAGAGAUUUUCAGAACAGCAGGUGUACGACCUGGAGAGGGAACUACGGAGACUCACAUUAUUGGCCGAACUGACAACUCUUCGCUAUACGAAGCAGUACAAACUAACAAAGGAAAAGUCUGAAGUGGAGGAAAAAACGAUACAAGAUGUUCUGGAAAAAUGUGGUCCGUUCACUGAAGAUGAUGAAGCAGGGGUUAAACCAAUGUUAGAGGAGUUAAAGCAGAAGUUCCCUCAGACUGGUUUGGGGAUCAGUGAUGAAGAGCGUAAGAUGAUUGUCUCAGCCAUCCAAAUGCCCGGUCACUGGUUCAAAUGCCCAAAUGGUCAUGUGUAUCUCAUAACAGAGUGUGGAGGGGCCAUGGAGAGGUCCCAGUGUCCUGAUUGCAAAGAAACUAUAGGUGGGAGCAACCACAGCCUAGAAAGAGGCAACCAGCUGGCCUCUGAGAUGGAUGGAGCACAGGGACCUGCUUGGCCAACAGCACUCCAGCAAUUGUUCGAUUAAACUAUUUCUCGCUGGUUUCUUACAAGGCUGUGCCCGGCAAUCAUAUAUGCUAUUUUUGUAUUUUAUUAGUGUGCUGUGUAAUCUUCAGAGCUGGGUAGAGUAGCCAGAACCUUCAGUCUGUUAAGAGUACUUCAGUGUAGCAAUACUUAACUAGAAGUAAAACGAAAGGUCUACUAUAAACUAUAUGGAGAGUACUUACUACAAUAUUUAACUAGAGAUAUAUUCUGGAAACUAAUUCCAAUUCACUCAAUUCAUAUGGUCAACAUAAAGCUUAUAUUGCAAAGAAAUAUAUGCAGUUGGAGUGCUCGCUUGGAGGGCACCGCUAAAUCAGGUAACAAUCAGGUGCUCUUUGGAGAUCCCAAGUGGGCAAAAUAAUUUACUAGACGAAAGAAGAGAUCCGAGGCAUUCCGAUAUGCUUUGCUUUAAUUUUAUUUCAUGUCAAACACCGAUGCGUUUCGGCUUGCAUCUUCAUCAGGGCACAUCUUAAAGCUUAUAUUAUUAUAUUAAGUUAUAUUAGCAAUGUCUUUACUCAAGAGUACUGUUGCUUGAGUUACUGGUUUUGUAGAGUAAGAAUAAAGUAUGGUUUAGAAAUAUCUCUAUGUAGGUAUUCUUAUCACAUUAUACUCAUGCAUCAUAUAAUGCAGUAAUGCAAACUCUUACUCUGUUAACGGCUGCGUGUUGGCUCCAAGGGUAAUAGGUUUGUAUUAUCAGAAAAUUGCUCUUUAAUUCACAGCUAGGUGCUUCAUCAGCCAGACAAUUUAGACAUUUUCACACAGUAUCUUUAUUUGUUGUUGGUAGUACUAACUUAAAGGUGCAUUGUGUAACUUUUCUGAUGGAGGGUGUGUCAAAUGAUUUUCUCCAUUAUUGCUUUAUCUGGAAUGUUUCACAGUGUGGCAUUAAACCUUUCUGUGUUCAUGGAGACCAAACCAGACCAAGUUACAGAUCCGAUCUGUAGAGAGACAACCCCACUCACAAUCAGAAUGUCUUUUGUUUUUUUUGUUAUUGUUUUUUUUUUACUUUUCAUGAAUUGAUAAUGUUGUUAUGUGUGGGAUGUUUUAACAUUAAUUAUUAAAUGUGAGAACUUCAGUUCCACCUACUUAAAUAAUCAAAAAAUCCACUUUUUGUAAUUUUGACUUUUAAAUUUGACUUUUGCAAUUUUCUUCAUGACCUAAUUGUGUUAAAAGCACUUUGUAAAGUUCACACACAAAAAAAGUCAAGACUUGUGUAGCGCUGCAUAUCAACAGCAGAUGGCAGUAUAGCUACACGUAUAACAUAUAACUUCACUUUUAACAUUUGUCCAUGUAAAAUUGAAAUAAAAGUUUGCAUGGUUUA